AUGCCAAACCUAUCCAUCAUUCACGCCUCAAACACCAACCUGACCCCCUCCACCGUCCCCCAAACCGCCAUCUUCCUCGGCGCCACCGCCGGCAUAGGAAAAAUCACCUUAACCGCGCUGAUCAAACUAGGUUUCCAAUUCAAAGCCUACGUGAUCGGGCGCAAAGCAAGCUUCCCCGCAUUCCGCACCUUCGCUGCGGAAAUGAAGGGCGUGAAUGCGAAAGCCAGCUUGAUAUGGAUCGAGGGCGAAGUCUCGCUCCUAGCCGAGGCGAAGCGGUGUCGAGAUACGGAAGAAGGUCUGGACAUCAGCCACGCGCUCGAACUCUACACGCGCAUCACGUUCACGCAGAAUCUUCUGCCGGAACUGCGCGCUUCGCCGGCGGCGCGGGUUGUUAGCGUUUUGGCGGGCGGCAUGGAGACCGCGCGCUUUCUGGAUGUGGGCGAUUUGACGCUGGAGAAACAAGCCGCGUGGUUCGUUGCAAGGACGCAGCUCCACGUGGGUAUGAUGAACACGUUGACGCUCGAGAAGCUCGCGGAAGAGCCGGAGAAUGCGGAGAUUGUGUUCAUACAUAGCCACCCGGGUAUUGUGCGGACUGGGAAUUUGUUUCGCGGCUGGGAUGAAGGGAGUUGGGGACCGUGGCUGAGUGCGAUUUUCUUCGAUCCGAUUCUUAGGUUGGUUGCGAUUAGUUUUGAGGAGAGUGCGGAGAGGUAUUUGUAUCAGGUGACGAGUGAGGCGUUUGGUGGUAAGGGACCAAAGGAGUGUGUGGUGGGGAAGACGACGAGAGGGAAAGAGAGUGGAGGAUUGUUUCUUGUGAACAGGAAGUGCGAUGCGGUGGCGAAUGAGAAAGAGAUGGUAAAACUGCGGGCAAAGGCUGGAGACGUUGUUUGGGACACAGUGCAGGGAAUUGUUAGACCGUAUAUUUGA